CACAGCAAUUCUAAAGACAUGCAUCGGAGGCACGCGACCCUUCGGGAGAAGGGCCGGCGCCAGGCCAUCCGGGGCCCUGCCUACAUGUUCAACGAGAAAGGCACCAGCCUCACUGCAGAGGAGGAACAUUUUCUCGACUCUGCAGAAUAUGGCAACAUUCCUGUUGUGCGAAAAAUGCUGGAGGAAUCCAAAACCUUGAACUUCAAUUGUGUCGAUUACAUGGGUCAAAAUGCCCUCCAGCUAGCGGUGGGGAAUGAGCACCUGGAGGUGACAGAGCUGCUCCUCAAGAAGGAGAAUCUCGCUCGAGUUGGGGAUGCGCUUUUGUUAGCCAUCAGUAAAGGAUAUGUGCGCAUUGUGGAAGCAAUAUUGAACCACCCAGCCUUUGCACAAGGACAACGUCUCACACUCAGCCCUCUCGAGCAGGAACUGAGGGAUGAUGAUUUUUACGCUUACGAUGAAGAUGGAACUCGGUUCUCCCAUGACAUUACCCCCAUCAUACUUGCUGCCCACUGCCAGGAGUAUGAAAUUGUUCACAUCUUACUUCUAAAAGGCGCACGGAUUGAGAGGCCACAUGACUAUUUUUGCAAGUGCAAUGAAUGUAUGGAAAAGCAAAGGAAAGACUCCUUUAGUCACUCUCGCUCAAGAAUGAAUGCCUACAAAGGAUUAGCCAGUGCUGCUUAUUUGUCUCUAUCCAGUGAAGACCCUGUCCUUACUGCUCUAGAGCUUAGCAAUGAAUUGGCCAGGCUAGCCAACAUUGAAACUGAAUUUAAGAACGACUAUAGGAAGUUAUCUAUGCAAUGCAAGGACUUUGUCGUGGGGGUGCUGGACCUGUGCAGAGACACUGAAGAAGUGGAAGCUAUCCUGAAUGGAGAUGUGAACAUCCAUUUGUGCCCUGAGCACCACCGACCAAGUUUGAGCAGGAUUAAACUUGCUAUUAAAUACGAGGUCAAAAAGUUUGUUGCUCACCCCAACUGCCAACAGCAGUUGCUCACCAUGUGGUACGAAAACCUCUCAGGCUUACGGCAGCAAUCCAUAGCUGUGAAGUUCCUGGCUGUCUUUGGGGUGUCCAUCGGGCUGCCCUUCCUCGCCAUAGCCUACUGGAUCGCUCCCUGCAGCAAGCUGGGACGUACCCUUCGAAGUCCUUUCAUGAAGUUUGUGGCUCAUGCAGUUUCUUUCACAAUCUUCCUUGGACUGUUAGUAGUGAACGCUUCGGAUCGGUUUGAAGGAGUCAAAAAUCUCCCCAAUGAGACCAUCACAGACCAUCCAAAACAAAUAUUCAGAGUCAAAACAACCCAGUUCUCAUGGACAGAAUUGCUGAUCAUGAAGUGGGUAUUGGGUAUGAUAUGGUCAGAGUGCAAGGAGAUCUGGGAAGAGGGCCCACGUGAAUAUGUGGUGCAUCUCUGGAAUCUGCUGGACUUUGGGAUGCUGUCCAUCUUCGUGGCAUCAUUCACUGCCAGGUUCAUGGCUUUUCUUAAAGCAUCAGAGGCCCAACAGUACGUAGAUCAGUACGUUCAAGAUGAUGACCUCAAUAAUGUCACCCUUCCCCCUGAAGUUGCUUAUUUUACCUAUGCCAGGAACAAGUGGCUCCCCUCGGAUCCUCAGAUCAUUUCAGAAGGCCUGUAUGCAAUAGCUGUGGUACUCAGCUUCUCCCGCAUUGCUUACAUUCUUCCAGCCAACGAAAGCUUCGGCCCCCUGCAGAUCUCUCUGGGGAGGACUGUGAAGGAUAUCUUCAAGUUCAUGGUCAUCUUCAUCAUGGUGUUCCUAGCCUUCAUGAUCGGGAUGUUCAACCUUUACUCUUACUACCUUGGUGCAAAGUACAACCCUGCGUUUACAACGGUAGAAGAAAGUUUUAAAACCUUAUUCUGGUCAAUAUUUGGCUUAUCUGAAGUGAUAUCUGUGGUGCUGAAGUACGACCAUAAAUUCAUUGAGAAUAUUGGAUAUGUACUCUAUGGAGUAUAUAAUGUGACUAUGGUGGUUGUGCUGCUUAAUAUGCUAAUAGCCAUGAUCAACAACUCCUAUCAGGAAAUUGAGGAGGACGCGGAUGUGGAGUGGAAGUUUGCCCGUGCCAAGCUCUGGCUAUCCUACUUUGACGAAGGAAGGACUUUACCUGCUCCUUUUAAUCUAGUGCCAAGCCCUAAAUCAUUUUAUUAUCUCAUACUGAGAAUAAAACUGUGCCUCAUAAAACUCUGCAAAUCUAAGGCCAAAAACUGUGAAAAUGACCUUGAGAUGGGGAUGCUGAAUUCCAAAAAACGGAAAGUUCGUUUUCACUCUAGCAUUCAAAACACAGAGAGUUUUUCUGGGAAGAACGCUUAUAACAAGCCCACAAGAUACCAGAAGAUAAUGAAGCGUCUGAUUAAGCGCUAUGUGCUGAAGGCUCAGGUUGACCGGGAAAAUGACGAGGUCAAUGAAGGAGAACUUAAAGAAAUCAAACAAGAUAUUUCCAGUCUCCGCUAUGAGCUCUUAGAGGAAAAGUCUCAAGCUACUAGUGAGCUGGCAAAACUAAUACAACAGCUGAGUGACAAGUUUGGGAAGACCUUAAAUAAGGACAUUUGAUGGCAAUUACAGAGAAAGACAACUUGUUUUCUAAACACUGUUCAUUCUCAACCAGCAUCUUAGGAGGGUAAAAUACAUGUGAAAGGUGGGUACUGCGCACUCAGCUUCUGCUGAUAAGCAAAUGUUGGUUGGAGCACUUUGCAUUUCUCCCACACUUGGUGAGUGACCAAUUAAGUCUUUUCUGAUACAAAAGUGACUUAAUGAUAAAAAUCUAUGCCCCUUGACAUCAGAAACACUGUAGAGAAAGCACCUCCAAUUAAAGGCAAAAAAAUCCAGAUCUUCAUUCAUCUGACUCCAGAGAAGACAAUGAAAUUGUGCUCAUUAACACCAACAGAGCCUGUACUGACCAGAAAUGGAUGAAGUCUGAAGAAAAAAAUGUGCCAAGCAUACUCCCUACAAAGUUUUUUAAAUUCCUAUUCUUGGGUGUGUACUCUUCUUUUAUGUUUACAUUGGCAACCCUGAAUAUAACUUUGAUCAGCACUGUGGCUAAUGAAAAACUAAUGAGAAAUCAUCUGUUGAAGUGACCAAGGCAGAGAAUUACAAGUAGACACUGACAGCAUUGGAAAAAUGAAAUCAAGCUUGUGGGGUAAAUUAUCCUUUAAUCUAAUGAAAGGAUUUCCAGCCAAACACUCCUGUCCACCUUUUCCAGCUGUAUUAGCUAGUCUGCUGAUGGAUAUGAUCUCUUUGUAUGCACUUAGCCUCUCUUUUAUCCUUAGUCAAUCCCAUCUCGACAACAGCGUGCUGAAAUAUUCGUAAUGAUGUGAAACUCACUUUCCAGGAAUACCCAGAGAUAAAACACCUUGUGCUAAUGUGUUCAGUUCAAAGAACAGCAUUAAUCCAGAGACAGCGAUGCAACUGAGCUCAGCUUUCAGAUUCCAGAGGUCAAACUGAAAGCCAUAGGGAGAGAUCAAUCACGAAGAACAUUGCCCAGUAGUUUCCAGUCUCUUGAAAUCAAUACAAAAAGGCUUCAAUUGAACAUUCUGACCAAAAAAAAAGGAAAUAAAGGAAAAAUCAUUGUAGAAAUUAUUGUCACUUUUUGGCUCUUACAGAGUAUGGGAAAGGGAUUCAAACUGUUCUAAGGCUGUGGCAAUACAAGGAUCACACUUUUUUCAACAGGCAAGUUGUAAGUCGGUGCAACACAACUACAAACAUGGAUGGCUUGGGUUUUCACGGUUGGCAAAAUGAUUUCAACUACUUAAAGCACACCUUACUACUUAGGAACCAUGGAACUGGACUGUUUGUUUACAUGAGACACCUAUAAAAUGAACAUGACAUCUAGGUUUCAGCUGAGACAAACAAGCAGAGCCAGAAGGUGACCUGUGAUCAGUUCUUAAGUGCCAGAUGAGAAUACAUAUAGCCUAUUAGAAUAAUAGUUAUAUUUGUACAAAAAUGAAAGAAAACAAAAUAAAAAAGUGUACUGUACG